GUCGGGCGUUUUGUGCUGGUGAGAUAUUGUUGCACUCUAUCAUUUGAUCAACCAAGGGAAGCUUGAAGAGAGUAAGAACUUCUUUAGGACACUAUAUAGUUUCAUAUACUUGCUAGGCACCUAUUUGAAGCCACAUGUGGCUAUUUUGAAUGGCAUUACUAUGGGCGGCGGGGCUGGAGUUUCCAUACCUGGGACAUUCCGGAUUGCCUCUGGUAGAACUGUUUUUGCAACCCCAGAAACUCUAAUUGGUUUUCACCCUGAUGCUGGCGCAUCCUUUUACCUCUCACAUCUACCUGGUCACUUAGGGGAGUAUUUAGCUCUGACAGGGGAAAAACUCAAUCCAGCAGAAAUGAUGGCUUGUGGGCUAGCUACACAUUAUUCUCUCAGUGAAAGACUCCCAUUAAUUGAAGAAGCGCUUGGGAAAUUGGUAACUGAUGAUCCUUCUGUCAUUGAAGCAUGCUUGGAAAAAUACUGUGACAUUGUCCAUCCAGACCAGAUGAGUGUAGUUCACAGGAUUGAAAUACUUGACAAAUGUUUCAGCCUUGACACAGUGGAAGAAAUUAUUGAUUCUUUGGAACGCGAGGCAGCUGAAACAAAUGAUGCUUGGUGCAGUUCCACUUUAAGAAGACUUAAAGAAGCCUCACCACUGAGCUUGAAGGUUUCCUUGAGAUCUAUACGAAAAGGUAGAUUUGAGACCUUUGAUCAAAGCUUGGUCCGUGAAUACCGAAUGUCAUUACAAGGGAUAUCUAAGCAAAUUUCUGGUGAUUUUUGUGAGGGAAUUCGUGCACGAAUGGUGGAGAAGGACCUUGCCCCAAAGGUAGUGGAGUCCUCCAAGUCUGGAACAGGUGUCGGAAGAUAUGGUUGAUUGCUAUUUUUCCCCACUUAGUGAAUCUGAGCCUGAUCUAGAGCUGCCCACAAAACUGCGAGAAGCUUUUAAUUAGUUUCAAAGCUUAGAAGCUUCACUCUCAGGAGGUAUAGGUUUUGUCUGCACGAUCAGGACAGCAUAAUAGUUUCUAAAAUCAGUUAUUGUCUAUAUUAGCCAAUUGUUUCCGUAUUCUUUAAGAAAAAUCUAUUAAGUUGCAUUUAAAUCUAUGGUUAAAAUAAAUUCCCAGCAAGAGAAUUAAUAAUGCUG